CAUAGUAACUAACAAAAUAAUGCAAACUCCUUUACCCAAUAAUGGCGUCUUUACAAGAACAGUUGGUCAUUAUACAAGAGAAUCAAAAGAUGAGGUUCAAAGAAAGAAGCGUAUGCAAAGAGCUAGAUGUUCCUAAUAGUGAGGGCCAUCUUGAUCUCGAGCUAAAAACAAUCACUGAGCUAAAGCCACCUCCUGAAGAGACAGAAUCUAACUAUGAAGCGAACGAAAUUGAUGUGGAAUUCCUACAAACACAAGUUGAGACUAUACUACUUGAGAACUCACAACUGAAAUCUCGACUUAAACAAACCGAAUCAAAACUGGUCCAAGUGAACCAUCAGAGAGAGGAGGAACGCAGGGCAAUGGGCGGGUCUAGCUCCACCGUCACUCAGCGGAUUGUCGAACUAUCCAAAAAGAAUCGGGAAUUAAACGCAGAGGUAGCGUCGGAACGUAAUAAAGUUAGAGAAAUCCAAGUCAAACUGAAAAGAGGAGAGGCUGAAAUAACCACCUUAGAAAUGCAGUCUCAUUGUAAACAAAAAUCUGAAAUGGAAGUUGAGCAGGAGAGUCUUCAAUCGAUGGUCGAUCAAUUAAAGGAACAGCUCCAAUUAUCCAACCAAAAGAGAGCGGAAUAUCGAAACGAAUGUCAGACGCUCAAACAGGACUUGAAGUUAGCACAUAGAGUGAUCUCCAAGGAAGUUGGUGAGGGGAUGAACGUGUCUAGGUUGCUAAAGAGUGGUGGUGGAUGGAGAGGGCGAUCACAACAGAUUAUGGCACUACAGAAUAAGAUUGGAGAGCUGCAACAACAAUUAGACCAAACUGGAAGAACUAAAAAACAUUCUGUUGGUACUCCAUCUCGAGUUAAUGCUGAUCACCGACAAGUGUCUACACUCAAGAAGCUUGAAGACACAAAGAAACGAAGCCUUGAACUAGCACAUAAUGAACUUGCCUCAAUACAGGUUGAAUAUUUAAAGCUCCAACAGCAAUACUCAGCACUGAAGUCUAGGAACAAAAUUCUAACGGCAGAGUUGAAGUCGAUCAAGUCUCACAUUUCUGGAAGGCUUCAACCCCCUACCACCACACCACAAUCACAGCUAGCCUAUCGACCUCCCUCUAAUGAGAGCAUACAAGACCGGGACAAAAUGAGAGUUUUGGAGCAAAGGAAUCAGAGACUGCAAACGCAGUUAACAAAGUGUCUAAGUGAACUUCAAUCGCUCAAAGAGAAUGGACGUUUAGUUUCUCAUUCAAAGCAACCAAAGAGUGCCCCAUUACCACCACUUGCUCCUAAUAGAGGUGGUGGCACACGCUCAGUAACCAGGACAAUGGCGUUAGUCGGAGAACAACAAUACUCUGAUGUUGAAAAGGAUGCUUUAACUCGAGUGGAUCACAUUGAGAAAGAGAGGCUGUUUGAGUUGACACUAUCUCUACAACAACGAUUGGACUUGUGCAAUGACAAAGUUGUAAAUGCUGAAACAGAACUGCGUAAUUUGAGACAACGCUACUCUAGUAAAGACAAGACAAAGACCACCUCUGUAGGUGAGCUUGAAGAGAGACUGGAGAUUACAAAGGACGAGAAUGAAGUUCUCAAAGAGACAUUGGAGGCCACCAGACAAGAGAAGCUAGCAGACAUUAAACUACUCCAGGAACUUAUUAGAGAAACUAAGUCUAUGUUUGUGGACAGUGUUAGGCAAUUAUGUGCUGUGCAAAGUUCAUAAUCCAUGUACAUUAUUAUUUUGUUAACUGCUACAAACAAGAUAAUUAUAUCUAACAUGAAGAAUGCACUGAAAACUAUGACACUCUACCAACUCAUGAUCAUAAUUAUGCACUAAAAA